AUGGCUGCUUCACAGGGUGUCAAUGUUCUCCGUUACUCGGCUCUCGUAGCUGGUCUCGUUUACGGUUUCUACCACCAGUCUUCCAUUACUGCCUCCACCAGGCGUGCCGAGGCCGAUCGCGAGUAUGCCCGCCAGGAGCGCCUGAUCGAGCAGGCCAAGGCCGAAUGGAAGAAGAAGACGCAACCUCAAGACAGCAAGUCAACGGGUGGCGUCAUCACGGAUCCCGAAGACCCCAAGUUCGACCUCGAGACCUUCUUGAAGCUGAAGGCUGGUGAGCUUUAA